UUUUCGGUCCCUCCAUUUCCGAAACCCAAAAUGUCCCUUCUGCUCCUCAGAAGUCACUUCGGCACUCUUCCCCUUUCUAUUGGUUUUGGGCGAACCAGAUCAUUCAGCAGCAUGUCCGAUCCCAAAACAAGAUCAUCUUCCAAACCCCUCCAGUCCCAAUGCGAAACCCCCGCUUCAGAGCCAAACCCAGGCUCUGAAUCUUCCAAUGGCGGUUCGGUAUCAGAACUUCGUGUUUUUGUGAGGAAGAAGAGAGUGAGAAAGAUUAUAGAGACUCAUGAAACGAAGUAUGAAGCAGAACCUCUUGACCAAAAACUACAUGGCCCACCUGAAAUCGAAGAAUUUGGGUACAAACGAGUGAAUGGAUCUUUUCAGUCAAGUAACACCUCCUUUGCCAAUGUCCCUACAGGUGAACCACCUCCAAAUUGGGAAAAGGUCCUUGAAGGAAUUCGCAAAAUGAGGUCUGCUGAGGAUGCACCAGUGGACACAAUGGGAUGUGAGAAAGCUGGCAAUUCUCUUCCUCCUAAGGAAAGAAGAUUUGCUGUCUUAGUAUCUUCGCUUCUGUCUAGUCAAACCAAGGAUAACGUUACUCAUGGAGCAAUCCAGCGUCUCCUUCAGAAUGAUCUGCUUGCUGCCGAUACCAUUGACAAAGCUGAUGAAGCAACUAUCAAAAGCUUGAUUUACCCUGUUGGAUUUUAUACAAGAAAAGCUGCUAACAUGAAGAAAAUUGCAAACAUUUGUCUCAUGAAGUAUGAUGGAGACAUACCUAGCUCAUUGGAGGAACUGCUCCUACUUCCAGGGAUAGGCCCUAAGAUGGCUCAUUUGGUUAUGAAUGUUGGGUGGAAUAAUGUUCAAGGGAUAUGUGUUGAUACUCAUGUGCACCGGAUUUGUAAUCGGCUUGGAUGGGUAUCAAAGUCCCGCACAAAACAGAAAACUUCAACACCUGAGGAAACAAGAGAGGCAUUGCAACUGUGGCUUCCAAAGGAAGAAUGGGUUCCGAUAAAUCCUCUUUUGGUAGGAUUUGGACAGACUGUUUGUACACCCCUCAGACCUAACUGUGGAAUGUGCAGUGUAAGUGACUUCUGCCCAUCUGCAUUCAGGGAGAUCUUGAGGUCACCAUCCAAGUCAAAAAGGUCUAGUCUGAGCAAGAAGCUUUGAUCAUCUUGGUUCCCCAUAAGGCGUUUGAAUAUGUUUUGUGUACAUUGCAGUCCGGAAGGGUAGACAGAUGUUUUUCACUUUCUUUUUCUUUUGAAUAUGCGUUGUGUUUUCUGCCUAGUAUCAUACAUUGACUGCAUAUGUAAUUUAGGAGGAAGACAGUUUACCAUUGGAUAUUGGUGAAAGGGAAUAGGAGGAAGGCAAAUUCAGCAGGCAAAACUUUGGUUAGGAGCCUGACAUCAAACUAACUCUGCAAUAUACAUUCAGCAGAUUAAUGUAUUGUUUGGAUGUAGAGUUAUUUUGAAAAAUGUUGAAAUUUAUUAAGAUAAAGUUGAGAUGAAA